AUAAUUAGAACUUUAAUAAUUUAUUUAUUUUGAUUUGUAAGUAAAUGUAAUGAAGGCAGUGUUUUCACGAGAUUCAUUUUUAUCUAUCAUCUGACAUCACUUAAAUGGUAGGAAUGUGAUUAUAAUUUGUUGACACCUUCUCUUACCUCACAAUAAUGUAUCAGUCUCAACAAAACAGCUGUACACCAGGAUUCAACACGUCCUUGCUACACCAGUGAGCUCUUCCUGGCUUUGAUUAGCCAUUACCCACAUUUGAAUAACAAAGAAUGUCGUCUGGAUUCAGUGCACAGUCGCUCGAAUUGAUCUCCGCCGUCCCUCACUAUAUAUUCAAUGGCGAGUCAACCUGACCUAGAAUUGCUACUUAUUACAAUAUGGACUGAACCAUCCGGCCGGAUCAAAAAGGGGGGAGGCGAGCACACAUCAGCAGCACUCGCUCAUCUUUGAUGGGGGAAGCCAUGUUAGUGCCGUGAGCUAUUUUAAUCACUCUGGUUUCAUAAGGAAAGGCUGCGACUAGCACGUUUUGGGGAGACGGAAACGCUCGCGAAGCCGCGUCGCGCGGAAUCGGACACCCCUCUGUGUUUUUCCAACCGCACACUUUUCACCAUUAAAAUAUAGCGGCUUUUUCCAACCACUGUAAAGGAGAGCAGUCCAAAGGAUAAAGGAAAUAGAGUAUCCUUUUCGAAUCUAAAACAUAUAAUGCCGAUUAAUAUAGGAAGAAAUAUAUAUUGUCUAUAAGGACUGGCGUUGGUUCUCAGAAGAGAUCUUUGUGUCGCUGCAGCCAACCGAGGUGUUCGGAUGGAUUCUGUGAUCUUCUGAGCUCACUGGUUUAAUCUACGGGAGAAGAGGCGCUUUAUCACGCUAUUUACAGUGGAAAUUAUUUGCAUGGGCUUCAGAUGAGGAAGAACGGGAGACUCUGAAACCUGAGGGGUGUUCAAGAUCGUAGUUCUGUUGCAGUCAGUGCAGUCAUGGCCACAGCUAUAUCGUGACACAGAGGGACAUGUGUGGCCAGGGGCUGUGAGGGCUCCUCGGGGAGACUCCAGACAAGCCCACACAGAGAAUGCUGGAGGUGCAGGAGGAGAGACCAGCAGCAGCAGCCACGGCAAACACCGCAGCUACCGGAACCACAGGAAACGCUUCGGGCAAGAAGGAGAGGGCCAAAGAACGGCAAGAGGAGGGACAGGACUGCAGCAGCCCUGUCGCAACCCCCAAUACUGGGCCCCGGAGCACCCGGGCCAAAGCUACGCCCAGCACUACACACACACACUCCCACACACAUACACACACCCCCAGUCCCCACCAGCACUCUACUGCUCCUGCCUCUGUCGCACUGGGACUGACGUCAAUGCAUUCCAGCAACCCCAAAGUGAGGAACUCUCCAUCGGCUAACACUCAGAGCAGUCCGAAAUCCAAGCAGGAGGCCAUGGUGAGGUCGCCACCCGUGAUGUCGCCCUCCAGCGCCGCACAGAUGGACUCCAAACUGCCCAACCAGGGAAAGCAAGGGGGUGCCGGCAGCCAAUCACAGCCUUCUCCUUGUGAGCCCAAGUCGCUGAGUGGAAGCCACACACCCAAAGGUCCCCAAGGCUCCAUUGGGAGUAUGGGACUCAAAAAUGGACAAGGCCUGAGUUCAGGCAAUGGGGCAAAAGGCAAGAUUAAAAGAGAGAGAAGCACUUCAGUGGAGUCAUUCGAACAAAGGGAUACAGGAACGCCAAACAAUGAAGGGGACCAAAAAGAAAUGGGCAGUAGAGCGAAAAGGUUAUGCGUUGGAGAGCGACGGUUGCCAUACAGCGGUGCAGAUUGGUGUUCUGGGGGAGAGAGUGAAGACGACGACGCAGGAUUCUUCAACUGUAACUCUGCUGACAUAAAGCCAGAUCCAGUUGCUCUUUCUGCUUCUACACCUACUCAUAAUACAGUUGGAGGACAGAGCACAGCGUCUGAAUUGGGGAGUGGGCAGAAACCAGGGUCAAAGGUUGUUUACGUCUUCACCACAGAGAUGGCCAACAAGGCAGCAGAUGCAGUCAUAACGGGACAUGUAGACAACAUCAUCACUUACCACACAAAUAAUAUCUCUAAUGGCAAGGGUGGAAAGCCCCAGCUCCCCCUGAACAAUCAGAUUGGAUCCCUCAGAAGUGACACUAAACAGCAAGGAGUUCCGUCCCAGCAACAGCCCUCAUCUCUCGCCAGUGAUCAGAACCACCAAGCAGCCUCUAAAGUAACGCAGCCGGGCCAGCAGCAACAACCUCAAGCGCAACCCACCCAACCUCAGCAACCAAGCCAGGGGGCAAAACCAACUAGCCUGCCUCCAGACAAUGCACCUUCAGCUGGUAUGGACUCUAAGAGCCUCCCCAGCAGUAGCCCACAGGAUGGUGCUGGAUCCCACGAUGGUAGCAACUCUGCAGGGACACCUGGUAGCCAGGCCUCCAAACAGCCUCCCAAUUCUGGCUCUCAACAGAGCUUUCCAUCCCUAGAUUUACCUAAAGGGGUAGAUGCCAAGCUCACAGCUCAACAUCACCAGCAGCUGGCUCAUGAAAUCAUGUCUAGCAUGGGGGAAAACCCUGAGGGCCUUUCCCAAGAGCAACUUGAACACAGGGAACGUUCCUUACAGACUUUACGUGAUAUACAGCGUAUGCUCUUCCCAGAUGAUAAGGACAUGGCUGCCAUGGGCCAAGGGAACUUGGGUGGACUCCUGCCCAAUUCUGCAAUGAUGGAAGGAGGACCCAAGAAAAUGGAACAAGGUCCUCUCCAAGCCAUGAUGGCUCAGUCAAAAAGCCUUGGGAAGCCAGGUGGUCCAGGAGGCCCACGUCCAGAUGGGCCUCCCUUUGGUCCGCCUGGUCCUAGAGACAUGCCCUUUUCUCCAGAUGAUCUUGGACCCCCUCCACCAGGUCCAGGACCUAUGAACUUGCAUCCAGGUCCUGGUGGAGAGCAUGGAGACCAUAUGACCCCAGAGCAGAUGGCCUGGCUAAAACUGCAGCAAGACUUCUAUGAGGAGAAGAAGCGCAAACAGGAACAAAUGCAGCAUAGGCCAAUAGGAGACAUGAUGCUUCAUCAGGGUGGACCUAGAGGAAUGAUGCGAGGUCCACCACCACCCUACCAGAUGAAUCCUGGAGAGGUGUGGGGCCCUGGUGGCCCUGAACCAUUCCCUGACCAGAUGAACAUGGGCCCCAGAGGGAUGCAUCCACACAUGCAGAGGAUGCCUGGCUUCCCUGGCAUGAUGAACCCUGACAUGGAGGGAGGGCCUAAUACUAUGCCCAGACCUGGAAUGAACUGGCCUGAUGAUAUGCCAAAAAUGGGGGAUGGUAGGGGAUUCCCUCCUGGGCAAGGUAUGUUUGGAAGUCCAGGUGGGAGGGUGGAAAGAUUCCCUAAUCCUCAGUCUGUACAGGAAGCCAUGUUCCAUCAAGGUAUGGGUGAUAAACAAGGCAUGGGUCUGACGCCUGGUAUGAUGAUGGAGAUGAAUCGAAUGAUGGGUAAUCAAAGACCCAUGGAACCUGGAAAUGGAGGUGGCAUGAUGUUUCCCAGAAUGCCAGGUGAUGGUCCCAUGAGCCCCUCAUCAAGAAUGGAGUUUGUGAAAGGUCUUGGUCGAGACAUGAAUGAAUUUGGUAUGGGACCUGGAAACCUCAAUGUAAACAUGGGUCCUAGCCCUCAGAUGAUGCCCCCUAAGAUGAGAGAUCCGUCAAUGAACCUUAGUCCAGAGGAAAUUAUGAAGAUGAGGCAAGGUGGAGGGCCAAUGCCUGACAGUGUUGUUCCUUCACAGAGAAUAAUGCAGGGGCCUCCUUUCCCUGACCAGCCCCAUGCAGGAGACCUCAACAUGGGUCCCAACCGACAAUUCCCUGGCAUGGGUCCCCAAGGCCCUGGAAAUCCAAGAGGUCCCAGAGGCGAGCCACCCUUUGGACCUGACCAAAGAGGAGGCAGUAUGGGUGGAAAUGGUCGUCUUAGUCACAUGCCUCCUUUACCACCGAACCAAGCUCCCAACAGCUCAGGGCUUCUGCCUGGCCAGAGAAAUAUGAGUCGCAAGCCCUCAGACCUGAAUGUUCAGUCUGGCCCGGCUAAUUCGCCCAACAUCAAUGUCAACCCGCUAAAGUCACCAACACUGCGGCAGGUCCAGUCGCCAAUGCUGGGCUCACCAUCAGGUAACCUCAAGUCUCCACAGACGCCAUCCCAGCUGGCUGGUAUGCUAAGCGGACCAUCUGCGGCAGCAGUAGCAGCAGCAGCCAUUAAGUCUCCUCCCAUGAUGGGCUCAGCAGGGGCAUCACCCGUCCAUAUGAAAUCUCCUUCACUUCCUGUCCCCUCCCCUGGCUGGACGUCAUCACCCAAGCCACCCAUGCAAAGCCCGGGAAUCCCUCAGAACAACAAGCCUCCCCUUAGUAUGACGUCACCAAAUAUGAUGGGCAAUGUAGAGCAAGGUGGUAAUCCUCCUCCCUCAGCUCCUCCCUCCAACAGUUCUUCCGGUCAGCCAGGUGGCAUGAAUGUGCCAGGAAGUCUUCCAUCCAGCAGCCCCUAUACAAUGCCCCCAGAGCCAACAUUAUCUCAAAAUCCUCUUUCCAUCAUGAUGUCCCGCAUGUCCAAGUUCGCAAUGCCCAGUUCUACGCCCCUCUACCAUGAUGCGAUCAAAACUGUGGCUAGCUCCGACGAUGACUCGCCACCUGCUCGAUCGCCAAACCUGCCAUCUAUGAACAACAGCAUGCCCGGUAUGGGUGUGAACCAUCACCCAGGUCAUCCUCGAAUGAUGACACCCAACUCUUCUGGCCCCAUGCCUUCCCUCAGUCCAAUGGGGAUGAACACUAUGGUCUCCCAGCCACUUUCGCAUGGCAUGCCAAACCAGAUGCCAUCGCCCAAUCCCAUGGGCCCCAAUAUGCCUCCUCACUCUGGGCCUAUGGUUCCAGGCAUGAUGUCUCAUGGUAUGAUGAUGAACCCAGUCUCCCAAGACCCUGGCAUGGGCAACAACCAGAUGAUGCCACAGGGGCGUAUGGGUCUUCCUCACCGAGGACAGGGUUUCCCUCCAGGACAGUCACCUCCACAGCAUGUCCCCUUUCCUCACAAUGGUCCCGGGCACCAGGGUGGCUUCCCUCAUGGGAUGGGUUUCCAGGGAGAAGGGGGCCCGCUGGGCAGGAUGGCCAAUAUGCCUCAUGGACCUGGUGGUGAGCCAGUUAUGUGUAAACCUAACACUCCAGGAGGCCAGGAGUUUAAUAACAUGCCGGGUGUCUUUAAUGACUCUGAUCUACAUGAGGUAAUGCGACCAGGUGCGUCAGGUAUCCCAGAGUUUGACCUUUCUCGAAUUAUCCCCUCUGAGAAGCCUAGCCAGACACUGUCCUACUUCCCUCGUGGUGGAGACGCCCCUGGUGGGAAGCCACCACACCCGUCUGGCCCACCUGGCUUUCCCCACAUGCAGGGGAUGAUGGGUGAGGGCAAUCCAAGGAUGGGCCUCCCCAUGCAGGGAAUGGGUGGUCCUCCUGGUCCUGGACAUAUGGGACCACAGGACAUGCCCAUGGGCAAUCUUGGCCACAACCCCAUGAGAGCCCCAGGUUUCAUGGGUCAGGGCAUGAUGGGGCCACAGCACAGAAUGUUGUCUCCUGGUCAGCAGCAAGGAAUGAUGGGAGGCCCUGGAAUGAUGCAAGGAAAGGAACGGCCAAUGUACAACCACCCUGGCCCUGUGGGCUCUCCUAACAUGAUGAUGUCACUACAAGGGAUGAGUGGUCCUCAGCAGACUAUGAUGAUGCCCUCUCAGAUGAGGCCUCGAGGAAUGGCAGCAGACAUGGGCAUGGGAUUUAACCCUGGACCAGGAAACCCUGGGAAUAUAAUGUUUUGAGCCUCCACUACGGUUAUGAACAGUCGGGAAACUGUGUAACCAGUGAAAUAAAAACCUUCCUAAUGAAAGACAAAAAGAAACUCUGUUAUCAAGCAGAUACGUGUGGAAAAUGGGACAUUUUCUGUGCACAUAAACACCCUGACACCUGGUUAGAACAAGGUCUAUAGGUUGCAAAGUGAUGGGUAUCCAUCACAUACACAUGGAUGUGUUCACAGGGAAUCUUCUACAAUGGUAAUGUCAUUUUAACAGGUGGAAGUGCGAGAAGCUAAUUGUGCUUUCCUCAAAGUUGGGCUCAGGUCCGGCACUGUUUGGAAGGGACUUUUUUUCAAUAACUUGGGAAUGUAUAUGGAAUUUACAAGACCGACUCGUGACGAGAAUAUUUGUUUGACACUGUGGACAAGAUGCCACAUAUAAAGUCAACAGCAAACCAAGUAUGAACGUUUAGGGGCUUCAUUGUACUUUUAUACAUAGUUGGAAACCAGGAAAGAUUGUUGAAAAAAAAAAAAAAGUCCAAGAACUGAAAGAAUAGACAUAAAAGUGGAAAAGUUAAGGAACAUUUUGUCACAAGGUGCACCGUCUUGGCUAUAUGUUUACAUCUUAUCGCAUCACUUCCCUCCAAACAGGAAAUGCUCUUUGUAUGUGUGUACUGUACUUGUGUUGUUAAAGGGAUUCUACCAGUGAUUUCUAUAGUUUUUUUUUCAUCUUCUUUUGUAAAGGGGGGAUUGAGGUGGUUGUGCGUGGACAGUAGGUGAUAUAACAGCACCACAAAAUACUGUGUACUGUGGGGCGUACAGAAUAUUUUAAAUUGAAUUUUUUUUUGCUACUCCAGUGUAUGAUAAAACCAAACUAAGACCUCGUACAGAUCAUAGUAUUAUUAAAAAAGCACAAACAAGAAUUAACUGUAAAG